CGAUGCGUCAGUUAAGUAAUGGCUCCCGUGUUGAUCGCGUCGCUGCCUCGUUCUCUCGCAACCUGUGUUAGAUAUGGUCAGGGGAAAAGUAAAAUAUGCUGGAGCCUGAGCAGCAGGCCUAUCGGUGCCCUGGGCAUCCGUUACAAGUCAACGCCGGCAGCGGCCUCGUUGGUGAACGAGAACGCUGCCGUGGACACAGCCUCCCAAGAUGACAAAGAUAAGGACCCCCUCGACCUGACCUUCUGUGAUUACCGAAACGCCUUUAAGAGCAAGACGAAUUCCGAAUUGUUGCGCGCCCUGUUGGUCUUCCACUUGUGCAGCAUACAGCCCCUGGUCGAUAACAAUGCGAAGCUGAUGAAACUGGGCCAGAAGGUGCUGGGGAAGCGCCUGUUCGCCGCCCUCAUGAAGGCCACCUUCUACGGCCACUUCGUCGCGGGCGAGGACCAGAUCAAGAUCCAGCCGACCCUCGAGCGACUCCGGUCCUUCGGCGUCAAGAGCAUCCUGGACUACUCGGUGGAGGAGGACAUCAGCUCCGAGGACGCCGAGGAGCGGGAGAUGGAGUGAGUACCUCGAGUGGCGUUUCUCUGUCGGGCUCU